AUGUCGAUCGCCACGCGGGAGACGUUGAAGCUGUCCGCGUACGAGCCGCUGGAGGGUAUAGCCAAGCAAGAAUGCCCCACGUGCAAACGGAGAAGGAUGUUUUUCUGCUACGAUUGCCGCCAGCCGAUGGCCGGGGUUUUUUGCCCGCAAGUCGAGUUACCCUGCCUUGUCGACAUCAUAAAGCAUCCGAAGGAGAAGAAUAGCAAAUCAACGGCCAUUCAUUGUAAGAUCACGGCACCAAAAUCUACAACCUUAUAUUCGCUAGAUGAUAUCCCGAACUACUCUGCGGAAGCGAAUACGGUCUUGGUUUUCCCGUCGGAUGAUGCGAUUAGCGUUGAGGAUUAUGUGAAGCAACAUGGCGAGAUCAAGCGAUUUGUGGUGUUGGAUUCAACCUGGUUCCAGACCAGCGUGAUGCAGAGAAUACCGGAAAUCAAAGGCCUCCCGUGCGUGCACUUGAAGAAUUACCGGACGGCUUUUUGGAGGCCGCAACAUAAGCUUGAUGAACACCAUCUCGCGACGAUCGAAGCCAUUUACUACGCUCUCGUCGAAUAUCACAAUGCGAAAAAAGAACGGGAAUACGAAGGAGAAUUCGACGAUCUCUUGUACUGGUUCAUGUUGAUGAGAGGGAAAUACGACACCCGUGAAGAGGCUUACUUCAAGCGAAAAGCGGAAGAUGAAGCGGACGCGCUAGCUGAAGGAAGCGAGGCGAAAAAGACCCGCGCUAAUUCA